GGCCGUUUAGCGGGUGGGCUGCCCCGGACUCGGCUAUUCACGGUGGCCGACGCUUUUGGGCGUGCAAUGCCGACUGAAUGCGCCUAAGCCGGGCUACACUGGCUUGCUAUGCCGCGUUUCUCGACUUUUACCCCAACAUGCCAUCUGGAUAACCUGGUUGGCUUAGCGAAAUAAAAUACUUGGUCCAUUCACAAAUACAAUUCUCUUCUGCUUCCCCCUCUACUUCCUUACCCUCCUUUCCUUUCGCUCUCCCCUUCACAAACGCGGACUCCCUCGUCACCAUAACAACAUACCUGCCCGCCAUGUUUCUGUCUCGAGGUUCCCGGGCUCUGCGUACCUCCAUGGCCAUGAGCCGCGUUGCCAUGGGAAGAACGCAACCCGCCGCAGUUCCCAGAUGGUUCUCUGAGUCUAGAAGACUCUGUGCUGUCAAGCCUGUCGUCUUGGCUGAUAUUGGUGAAGGUAUUGUGGAAUGCGAGGUUAUUCAGUGGUUUGUCGAGCCCGGAGCUCAGGUCGAAGAGUUCUCUCCUCUCUGCGAGGUGCAGAGUGACAAGGCCUCUGUCGAAAUCACCAGCCGUUUUGCCGGUACCGUCAAGAAGCUGUACUACGAGGCGGGCGAGAUGGCCAAGGUGGGCAAGCCCUUUGUCGACAUUGAUAUUCAGGCCGACACCAACGAUGCUCCCGCUCCCGUCGAAGAAGCCAAGCCUGCUGCUCCCAGUGUGCCUGUCGAGGAGACUCCCGUUCCCGCUGCUGCUGCUGUCGCAGCUGCUGUCGAGACUCCCAAGCCCAAGGGCACCCAUGCUUCCGUGGCUACGCCCGCCGUCCGCCACAUGUCCAAGGAGCACAAUGUCGACAUCAACGAGAUUGAAGGCACCGGCAAGGGCGGCAGAGUGCUCAAGGAGGAUAUCCUGCGCUUUAUUCAGAACAAGGGAGCUAAGCCUGCUGCCGCUGCUCCUGGCACUGGUGCUCCCGCCGCUUCCGCUCUGCCCACCGACACAGCUGUCCAGGUUGAGACUCGCCAGCCAUUGACCAUGAUGCAGCAGGGCAUGUUCAAGUCCAUGAGCCGCUCCCUUACUAUCCCUCACUUCCUCUACGCCGACGAGAUUGACUUUUCUGAUCUUGUUCACCUCCGCACCCGCCUCAACAAGGUCCUCGCCAAGAGCCCCGCCCCCGGCAGCCAGCUCUCCAAGAUCUCUUACCUCCCCUUCAUCAUCAAGGCUGUUUCUUUGGCCCUCUACCAGUUCCCUAUCCUCAAUGCUCGUGUCGAGAUUGACGCUGAGACCAACAAGCCUGGUCUGGUCAUGAGAUCCCAGCACAACAUUGGUAUUGCCAUGGACUCGCCUUCUGGCCUUGUCGUCCCCGUCAUCAAGAAUGUUGGCUCGCUCAACAUUGUCACCAUUGCCGAAGAGCUUAACCGUCUCCAGGGUCUCGCUAUGCAAGGCAAGCUUGCACCUUCGGACAUGACUGGUGGCACCAUUACCGUGUCCAACAUUGGCAACAUUGGCGGAACGUACUUGAGCCCCGUUAUUGUUGAGCGUGAGGUCGCUAUCCUUGGCAUUGGCCGCAUGCGUACCGUCCCUGCCUUUGAUGAGAACGAUGAGAUUGUCAAGAAGCAAAUCUGCAACUUCAGCUGGAGUGCUGACCACCGUGUUGUCGACGGCGCCACCAUGGCCCGCGCAGCCGACGUUGUCCGUACCAUUGUCGAAGAGCCCGAUGUCAUGGUCAUGCACCUCCGAUAAAUUAUGACAACGCUGCAAAAUCACGAUGACGACAAUCUAACGUCUUGCAUACAAUUGCAUCCCGUCGGGAACGUGUGCGAUUGAGGAAUGCCAACCUCUUGCCUACGGCCUGAUCUCUCUUUACGCACCCCCUCCAUUUACCUCUGCCUAUGAUUUCUGUAUGCAUUUAGAAUUCAUGCCUUGUCCUUCACUGGACUCCUCUUUUAGGCAUGCAGCCUUGCUUACACCGGUCGACGACGCCAGCAAACACCAUGCAAGCUCCCGCAGCUGCAUCACCCCUGUCGUCUAUGAGCCAUUGCUCCUCUUGCCCCAGCACUGGUGGAAAAGGAUGCAUUUUUCUCUCCAAGAGCCGCGAAUUGCAACGCUGCUCAUCAACUGCCGAAUCUUUUUUCAUGGAGCUUUCUCAUUACCAUCUCAUUCUGUCACCAAGUCCAGCAUCCAUGUGCCCUGCCUGCUACCGUGAUGAUUGCCGUCACAUUUGUAUAUAUUUGACCGCUUGCUACACGCAAUCGGGAGCGAAGGCGGCAGUAAAGGGGUUUUGUUUUCUAUAUAUAAAAGUUAUACAUAGCUAUUUUUUGAAAUAAAAAAAUUAUAAAAUAAU